AUGUCCGCCAAUUCGCCACCGGGAAAGAGCGAAAACGUAGAACCUAUUGAGGAGUCUGUCCCGCCAAAUCCAAUUGAGAACUUAGGUGCUAGAAUCCGUGAUCUAGAUGUGGAUUCUAUUCGUCGUUAUUUGGCUCAAAAGUUAGGAUUUUAUGAGCCGCCAGAAGCAACAACCCCGGUAGAGCAAGUGUUGGAAGAAGUUUCUUUAGAUGGAAUUGUCAAAUGGAUUAAAAGCGAAAAAUGCAAAAACAUAAUAACUCUGUCCGGAGCAGGGAUUUCCACUGCGGCCGGCAUACCAGAUUUUCGGAGUCCAGAAACAGGAUUGUACCAUAACCUGCAAAAGUACAACCUCCCGGAACCACAAGCGAUAUUUGAAAUCAACUUCUUUAGACAAAAUCCUAAACCAUUUUUCACAUUGGCAAAAGAACUGUACCCUGGCACUUUUAAACCAACAGUUUCCCAUUAUUUUAUAAGGCUCCUCCAUGAAAAAGGUCUUCUCCUUCGUCAUUACACACAAAACAUAGACACUUUAGAAAGAGUUGCUGGUAUUCCCGAAGAAAAAAUUGUGGAAGCACACGGAACAUUCUACACCUCACACUGCUUAGAGUGUUGCAAAGAAUAUCCUCUCGAAUUUGUUAAAGAGAUAAUAUUUGCGGAUCAAAUACCAAUAUGCACAGAAUGCCCGGGGAUUAUUAAGCCUGACAUAGUGUUCUUUGGGGAGAGUCUUCCGGAGAGAUUCCAGAGUUGCCUUCAGGAAGACUUCCAGCAAUGUGAUAUGCUUAUUAUAAUGGGCUCAUCACUUGAAGUACAGCCUUUUGCAUCAUUAAUAGAUAUGGUGCCGGAGUGGUGUCCGCGGCUGCUGAUCAACCGCGAGCGCGCGGGCGUGCGAUCGCCGCUGCUGCGCAUGUGGGGGCUGGCGGGCGCCGGCCUGCAGCUGGACGGCGGCGUGCGCGACGUGGCGCGCCUGGGCGACUGCGACGACGGCUGCCGCGACCUGGCCCAGCGGCUUGGGUGGGCGGAGGACCUUGAAACCUUAGUAGCUCGAGAACAUGAUCGUUUGGAACGCGAAGGUCGGAUAACAACUCCUCAAGCAGCAAUACCACACAUUGAAGUAGAAUUAGCCGGACCCAGUGCAGCAGAACCGAAACUGUAG